AAUAAUGAAAAUGUGUAAGGUCUUGGCAGUUUGAAGUUUGUUUGAUGCAGAAAAUUACCAAUAGUUUCAGAAUCUUAGAAGAUACUGGACUUUGCCUCCGGGUUACGCGGAAGCUUUGACAAUAGAUUAAGAUUUGGGUAAUAAUGGAAAGUAAAAAAACCGAUGAAUGCCAUGUAUCAUUCAAUUUGAUUAACAAUACAAGAAAGAGCCGAUUUCCAUGGUAUAUUUAUUUUUGUGGUUGGAUAGCUGAUCUGUUGAUUAUUUCCAACGGAAUGGUGAUGGCGUGGUCGUCCCCUGUCUUACCUCAAUUACAGUCUAAUAAUACAGAUAUUAAUCCUCUGGGAUCAUCGAUAAGUACAUUGGAAGUCUCCUUAAUAGUGACAAUUCCAGGGUUGAGCGCCACAAUUGCCUUCUCAUUCUGGGCAAAAAUUAUAGACAAAAUUGGCAGGAAACAAACCAUGAGAUUAAUAUCUAUAUUACUGUUAUGUAGUUUAAUCACAACUGCUCUCUCUAAAUAUAUAUUUAUAUAUUACAUAUCAUUGGCAGUAACAGGAGCUAGUUUAAGUGGAGGACUAUUAUCAGUUGCGGUUUACAACACCGAAAUCGCAGAAGAAAAUAACAGGGGACAAUUAAGUUGUAUGAUGGCAACGCAUCUACCUAUUGGAAUGCUCCUUAUGUAUAUUUUUGGUUCUAUGACAGUCGUAAGAAACUUAACUUUAAUUUGUAUAAUACCAGUAAUUCUUCAUCUUUCAUUCUCUUUGUGCAUUCCCGAAUCUCCAGUUUUUUUAAUAUCAAAAAAUAGAUUAUCUGAGGCUUCUAAGGCCUUACGCAAAUUAAGACGCCUAGAAAGCUCAACUGAUGUGGAUUUCGAAUUUAAGAAGUUAAAAGAAACGUCUAUAGAUACAUUUGAGAAAUCGAGCUUUUUUGAGAUAAUUAGAGAUCCGUGUGCAAGAUUGGCAUACAUUCUUAGCAUGCAACUUUUCAUAAUAGAACAAUUCUCAGGUAUCUCAGUGAUCGUGAUGUAUGUCGCCCCAAUAUUCAAUGAAUCUGGAUCCGCGCUGUCUGGAAAUCAUGUCGGCAUCGUUGUGGGGGUGGUAAAACUGUUAACAUUUUCCAUGGCGACUUAUUUCACUGAUAAACUGGGAAGAAGAAUUUUGCUAUUAAUUUCCACGUUUUUGUGUGCAAUUUCUAUGUUUUUUCUUGGUUUAUACUUUUACCUAAAGCAUUUAGGAUCUCCUAUAGUUGAAAAUUUACAAUGGGCACCAAUUCUAUGUGUAGUUUUAUAUAUUACUGUCUAUGCAUUCGGCUUAGGAAGUGUACCAAUGGCAUUUGCUGGAGAAGUUUUCCUAGAUCGUUUGAGAGUAAGAGGUGUAGCUUUAGUAAUGAUAAGCGUCGGUUGUUUCUCGAGCGUAAAUACUUUUUGUUUUCCUCUUAUAGCAAAUCAUUUUGGAUUGUAUUGCGUCUUUUGGAUUUGCAGUAGUACUAGUAUAGUUGGACUUAUAAGUAUUUAUUUCCGUAUUCCAGAAACUAGAGGUAAAACUUUUGAGGACAUUCAAAACAUCUUAAAAAUGCGUAUGAAAAGAUGACAGAAUAUUAUUAUAGCAAACUAAUUUUAUAAUCACAAUGUGCGUAUUACGGUUUUUCAAUAUAAGUAUUGGAAUUGAUAUUUUUUUAUAUAUGUUUUAUCUCAAUAUGAUUCAAGUAUAUUUUUUAUUUGUUAAUAUAAUUAACAAACGAUACUGCUACUAGCUUAUGACAUAAUCUUUACUAUCCUUACUAAUAUUAUAAAUUUGAAAGCGUGGGUGUUUGUUACGCUUUCGCGCAAAAACUACUUGACGAAUCAUCAUGAAACUUUUUACACAUAUUCUGGGAAGUACUAGAAAUAACCUAGUAUACUUCUUAUUAAUAAAAUAUUUUUUACAAAAAUAAAAAAAAAAUUGUCAACAAAUAUCAACAUUUUGCUACUUCAGCGCCAUCUAACAUACAGUAAUGAACUUCAAACCCUAAAUACUAUAUUAUCGACUUACGAUAUUACCGACGGUCAAGUCAAUGUCUAUUUAAUCUAUGCGUCCAAUUCAAGGUUAGGUACAAUGGUACCUUCGGUGACUGUCACUGGAAGCGUAUGUCUAAAAAAUGCGUCGGAAGCGUAAAUCUAAAAAAAGUAAAAGUUACACGAAAUCAAGAAUCUUCGAUUCGUGGAGAGCUGAGAAUACAACAGCAAGCAAGGCGACAAAGUGAUUUGAGAGCUGCUGAAACACCUCUUCAGACCCAACGUCGUUUAGAAAGACAUGCUUAGCAGCGGGUAACUAGAAGAGCGAUAGAAACGCCAGAACAAUCACAGGCUAGAAGAAUUGAUCGAGCAGAAAUAGAUAUCACGCGCCGUCGAAAUUUCAUGUGUGAGGAGUGGUCCGUAUUUAAUGAUAUUGGAUUUCAAUAUGACCCUACAAUGGAAUAUCACAAUCAUCCUCUAAUUGUUAUUCCCUCAAUGAAUAAAAAAUGUCAAUAAUAAUGAAAUUGCUCGAGAGUUAGAUAAUGAUUUCAUAGGACUACAACAUUAAGUGACAGAAUUAGUUCCUCAAUUACUUCCAGAGUUCCAUCAUGUUUUACGUAGAAUAGACUCUGGUAAUGGUGGACUCUUCUUUACCGACGCACCAGGAGGAACCGUAAAAACAUUUUUGCUUAACUUAUUACUAACGUCCAUCAAAAAAGACCAGAAAAUAGCAGUUGCCGUAGCUUACAGGAAAAUAUAUUUUAACAUUUGUUAUUGUAUUUCAAUAAAGCAUGUUGUAAAAAUCGAUAAUACUAACGAAGCAAUAAAAUAAAGUUAUCAUAUUGAUAUAUAAUAAUUUCUGAUACUUAUUUAAUGGAUUCGAUGCGAGCGAAGCCGCGGGUAAAAGCUAGUUUGUUAUAAAUAACUGACAAAGUUCUAUUUUAUCUCUGUUGAGAGGAAACCAAAUGUCACUUAAUUUUAGAACACUUCAUUAUACAAUAAAGUUACAUUUCCUUCACAUCAAAAGUACAAUUAUCGAAUGAGCAUUGCAGAGACUCUAUCUUAUAAUGUUUGGAUUGCAUGUUAUGAUACUCGCUCUAUUACACACAAGACAUAAAUCAUUGAACACAUUUGUAGCAAAAACCUCGAAUCUAUUUUUACGAGUUACAUCCGUCACAAAUUACGUCGAUAUAUUAUGGAUUGAACCAAUUAUUACGAUUACUUGAUAUAGUCCGGUCAAUAGAGAUAUUUAAAAUAACAAAAAUUCCCGGAAAGCCAAAUAUUGGUGGAGAGCUGGGGUUUACCAUUACAAAUAAAGUUUUAAAAAUCCCCAUCGAUCCUAUGUGUGCUACAAAAUUUAUUCGGGGUCAAAGGUCAAUAUUUGAGGUUUUUUGAGUUUUAAGUAAGUGAGUUUUAUAAAAAAAAAUUGUAUCAAAGCUGUAGAUCUUAAAAUUCUCUACAAAAAUGGUUUCAAUAAUAAUUUUUUCGUAAGAGUUACCAUUCCUGAGAAAUCGUAAUUCUAAGAGUCACAUUAUACGCAUAAACAUAUCAGACAAGUAUGAAUACCUAUUUGAGUACAUAUAUUACACUAUUCUGAAAACAUUUAUUCAAAAGAUAGUCAGUCCCUAACUGAAUUUUCUCUACCCACGUAUACUUGAAAAAUAUCUGGCUAUUCUAUUUUCCGUAUCUCUCGUUCUUUAAGUGUUAAAGGUUCAGCUUAUUACAAGCGUCUACCAUUUAGGUUAUUUGUGCUAUUUUAUAGCUCAAAAAUGUCUCAGUUCAUCAGCAAUGCACAAAAGGGGCAAAACGUCCGUAUUCAAAUUAUUCGAAAAAAAAAAGACUGCGUUAAAGUAUUCACAGACAUUGAUUCUACACUUCAAACAAUAAUUACAGAAGGAAUUCGCUUUCUUUUCGCUGUUUAUGGAGCUCCUAAAAAAUUAUUUGUAUCGAUAAAUACCGAGACUUAACAAGAUAACAAGAAACAAGUACAACCAUCAUGUCUUCCUUAAACAUCGACAUCUGCUAUUCAACUUUGGAAUCGAAAUUACUGUCAAGUUCAAACAUAGCUGGGCAACUGGUCAACUGAACUCAGAAGACCGGGUUAGGACAUUGAUAGAUAAUACUCUAGAACCGAUUGAAACUUAAAAAUAAAACUAAAACUAAACAAGUCGAAUUGCUGUGUUGUCCAGCGUGUAGCAAUUUCCAAAGUCAAUCUUGUCAAAUAUCCAGUUGAGUAUAAUAGAGGAAGAUUCUGUGAUUUUAAUGAAGAGACCACAUUUGAACAAUUCAUGGAGAUCCAGCAAGAGGAAGAGGAAGAAAAAGAAAUCGAAGAAGACUCUUGAAGUAGACUUUCAUGAGUUUGAAUUUGAUUAAAAUAUUUAAAGAAAUCAAAACAAUAGUUAACACAAUAAUCAAUAAAAAUAAGGUAAAAUCUGGAACUUGACGGCUAUUGUCCCCUUAAAUUAUCUUAAAAUUGUCAUGACAGUUGGUGGAGGGAAAACCAAGGUAAAAAAACGCACCCAGUACACUGCCUUACAAGUGGCGUGGAAAUGUGUGUAUGUCAUGGAUAAAGUGACUCUUAUUAGAAUCGCGAUAUCUCAAGAAUGGUAACUAAAUUAAUAGAAGUCAUUUUUGUAAAGAAAUUCAAGAUUUACAACUUUGGAUUGAGGUUUUUUUGACAAAACUCACCGGUUUCGAGAAAAUUCCAAAAACCUUCAAAUUUUGAUACUUGACCUCGAAUAACUUUUUUAGCACACAUAGGAUCUUUGAGGAUUUUAAAAACUUUAUUUGUAAUGGUAAACCUCGGCUCUCCCCCAAUAUUUGGCUUUCUGGUAAUUUUUCUUAUUUUAAAUAUCUGUAUUGACCGGACUAGUAUAGGUAUAAGCUAACAACCAUAUUGAUUCAGUAGUACCAGAUAUACCUACCUUGAUUUAAUAAUACAAUAUUUUCCAGGCUUAUUGUAAGCAUUUCUGUGUUGUAUUCCGUGUAUAAAGUUAUAAUUUAUUUCACUUAUUAAUAAAUGAAAAAUUCACUAA